CAGGGCCUGCCAGAUCUCAGACAUCAGCUAAUCGUGAGGGAACCAUCCUGAGCAUCUCCAAACGCUGACAGAAGAUGGACCAGAGACUCAUCUCCACCAUCCUAGCUCUGCUGCUGAGCCUCUCACAGGCACAUCACCUCGUGGACCUUGGAAGUGAAGCGGAUGAUUCUCCACUAAUUUCAAUCCAAAUAGAUGAUCCUGAUGAUGUGGACAUUACCACAAUGAUUCUACAGUCCAACAAUGGGUCCAGUGAGAUGCUGAUGGAGGGAGACAUGGUUGUGUCAAACACCAGAAAUGCCAUGAAGUGCUGGAAUAACCAAUGCUUAUGGAGGAAAUCCUCAGAUGGACUCGUUGAAGUGCCUUACACUGUGAGCAAUGAAUUCCCUUAUUAUCAGAAGAAGAGGAUUGAAAAUGCCAUGAGGACCUUCAACACAGAAACCUGCAUUCGCUUUGUUCCCCGGUCGAGUCAGAGAGACUUCAUCAGUAUUGAGAGCAGAGAUGGCUGUUACUCCUAUCUGGGGAGAACUGGUGGCAAGCAGGUAGUGUCUCUGGCCAGAUAUGGUUGUGUUUACCACGGUAUCAUUCAGCAUGAGCUGAACCAUGCGCUGGGUUUCUAUCAUGAGCACACAAGGAGCGACCGGGACGAAUACGUCAGAAUCAACUGGGAGAAUGUUGCACCACACACCAUCUACAACUUUCAGAAACAAGACACUAAUAAUCUGAAUACUCCAUAUGACUACACUUCUAUCAUGCAUUAUGGAAGAACUGCAUUCUCAACCAAUGGACUGGACACUAUUACUCCCGUACCCAACCCAAACCAAUCUAUUGGACAGAGGAGAAGUAUGUCCAAGGGGGACAUUCUGAGGAUCAACAAGUUGUACAGCUGCUAAGAGAACAGCUUGAAGACUACCGGUUCCUGACUGCCAGAGUGGAAUGUUAAGCAAUCCAUCAAUAUAUUUUAACCAGAUUAAAUGUAAAAAAAUCAUGUAAUGAUUAUGUAAAUUAUACAUGUCAUUUUAGUUAUGGUUAUCGAUGUAAUAAUAUGAUGUUCAUGUUGUAUGUAACUGAUGGAAUUUACUGACUGAAUGUUGCUAACUGAUUAAAUUAAACCUUAUACAGAUUAAACUGCAAUAGUUAUUCAUUUUUCUUCCCAGAGUUGUUCUAUAAUUUGGCCUUGCUCAAACAGUAGCAGAGAUGUUUUGCUUUAAAAGAAUCUGUACGGUUUUGAAUUUUUGUGGUUUCAUUAAAAACACUGAUUCACAUCAA